AUGCCCGUCAUUGUCCACAUCGGCACCGCCUGCCUGCUGGCAGCUACCAUCCUCCUGGUGCUGUGUACAAUCAGCACGCCCGUGAUCCACACUCUCGGCUUCUUGAAAACCACAGUCUCGACCAAUGGUCAGGACUUUGUGUCCUGGGUCGGAAUGCUCGGUGUUUGCCAGGUCUCGCCCGAAACAUCAUGCACGUCUCCCAAGAUUGGCUUUGCCAUUUCCGCUAUGAUCAACCGCCUGGCAUCUGGCACCAACGUCACGGACAAGUAUGAUGCCUUGACCAAGGCCAUGAUCAUCCACCCCUUGGCAGCUCUGCUCUCCUUUAUUGCAUUCCUCAUCUCGCUGUUCUCCAACCGCUUCGGCUUCGUCUUUGUCAACAUCGCCUCGGGAAUCGCCGGUCUCUUCACUUUCCUCGUCUUCCUCGUAGACGUUUUGAUCUUCAGCUUUAUCCGACUGGAGGUCAACAAGGUUUCCGGCGUGUCGGCAUCAUACGGCCCAGCCUUUGCCUUUGUAGUUGUCGCCUUCUUCUGCCUUGUCGUCGCCCAGUUCUUCUCCUUCUGGCAGUGCUGCUGCGGCCGCUCGCGCCGUGAGCGUCGCAUGGAUGAGGCCGAGAAGAUGGGCUUCCUGGACCACCACCACAAGAAGACCAGCAAGAACGACUACCACAACCCGUACACCCAGAUUUCGAUCCACACCCACUAA